GCGCACAAUUGAUGCACACGCGACCAGCAAAAAAGAAAAAAAGUCAACAUGGCGGAGUUAUCAGCAAGCGAUAAGGAGAAGCGCGGGGCUUUGGUUGUGGUGGAAGGAUUGGACCGCGCGGGAAAGUCCAGCCAGUGCGAAUUGCUGUACAAGAGCCUCUUGGGCAUGAAUUACAAGGCCAAAUACAUUCGAUUUCCAGACCGCAGUACUCCCAUUGGCAAACAGAUUGAUAGCUAUCUACGCGGCCAGUCACAACUGGACGACCAUUCUAUACAUUUGCUCUUCUCAGCCAAUAGGUGGGAGUUAGCCCAGAGUAUCCACGAGUAUAUCGCUAAUGGGACGACGGUCAUCGUGGACCGAUAUUCAUAUUCUGGCGCGGUUUACUCUGCUGCCAAAGGAAACCCCAAUCUGUCACUUCACUGGGCAUGGCAACCAGAGGUAGGCUUACCGCGCCCUGACCUCUGUCUUUUUCUGAGUAUAUCUCCCGAAGAAGCGGCAAAAAGAGGGGGCUAUGGUGUUGAGCGAUACGAGACCGACUCCAUGCAAAAACGUGUGAGGGAGCUAUUUCUCUCGCUGUUGGAUCUCCCGCAUAAUGAUGAGAUCUGUGUUAUUGAUGCUGGGCAGUCCGUCGACGAAGUUGCACAGGAUAUCUUGGAUCCAGUUCUAGAAUGUAUGAAGAACGUGGACUCCAUUGGCCCGUUGAAAAAGCUGGGACCGUGGACAUUUAUCCCGACGGGAGAGAGCCCAACCGGCCGGAAGGAUUAGAUUUGAGCUUCGCAUUAUAUCGGGAAUUGUCAGUCAAAGCCAUCUUCCUCGCUGUCGUCAAUCACUAUCUCGACUCGUCCUGUCGAGCCUUUGACAUUUGCAGCGUUACGAUCACCGUCCUCUGAGCUAGGCUCGACGUUCACAGCAUUCAUCCAAUCCUCGUCGAGAUCUUCAUAGUCACCAUCAAGCGUAUAGUCACCUGUUUUCGCCGGUUUUUUACCUCCUUUGGAUGAUUUCGUGCCUUGGGUAUUUGCCUUGUCUUUGCGCUCCCCUUUCAGUAACUUUGUAGCGUUUUUCCCUCCGUGUAGCCGCAUACUCAGUUCUUUCAUCAAUUCUACCCAUGUAACUUCUUGCCUGCAAGCUGGGCAUUCUCCAAGGAUCGGGACCAAUCCAGAGCUUCCUUCGUCUUCCAGGAAAAGCUGGGAUAUACAAUUGACAUGGAACACGGCGUGGCAACGGCGGUGUGAACAAACCACAAUGAUUUCAGUCUGUGUAGAUAACUGCUGCUGACAUACCUCACAUGAUAAUGAAUUAGUAUUAUCGCCCAAGAGAGACGUGGAUUUUGCCAGGUGUUCUUGAAUGCCACCAUACGUUGCAUCAAUAUGGGUCAUGUCGUUCGCUGGCAGGUUGGAGUCCAGCACACUGGCACCCUCAGCACGGAAGUCGAGUUUGACGCGUAUGGUAUCGGGAAGCAACCCGUCUGCACGUUCUAUCCAACGUUGCCAGUGAUUA